CACAGCACAAAUACCCCGCCUUCACCGCCAGGGUUUCCGCUGCUUUACCUCGGCCCGUACCCGAGCGGAACGCCACUAACCGUGUCCAUACUGCUUUCUUCUGCCAUUAACCACUACACACAGUGUCUGUCACCAAAAUACUAUCGCGCCGUACACAAUUGUCGUACCGAACGUCUGUGCAGGUUUGUGAAGCCAUUGUUACGCUGUAUUGUUUUCUUUCGUAUUACAAUUCACGUCAUCUGUACGUAGUUCUUAUAAUCUUGGUCAUACAUGUUAAUAGGCUUUACCCAGGGCCAAGAGACUCUGAACUCUACGGACCGCCAUUUUUUCGCCCCCAUUUAACCCAAAAUUGGGCCAAAAAACACACCUUACGUGUAAUCUAGUUCCGAUUGUGAACUUGUGUACUGUUUUUUCGAAAAGCGUGGCCAAAUAGACCGGGAUUGGUACUUCUGCGCGCUUUUCUCUGCAUUUCCAACCAAAAUACGGCCUCUCGGUGUCUCAUCGCUUGCUUCCUCGCUGGUAGCGGCGCCUCCUUUGCUGUGUGCUUUUUUUCGCUGUGAGAAUUGAUUUAUAGACUGCUAGCAGCUGAUUAACGGUUGUUUCUGCGUUUUGGAUUUUCAGUUGCGUGUCGAACAGUUUGUUGUGUGGCACGUUUCCUUAAUUUCUGUCUCUGUCUCUCUCUGACUCUCUUUCUCGCAUCGUGUAAGAUUUUCGCGACCUAAUUGGCAUUUCUUGUCAGAACAAUUCCUUCAAGCAUUUGUGUCGUUAGCGUUUGUCAUUCGUACUUGGCAUCUGUUACUUCCUCCCCCAGCAUUCAGUUGUGUUGUUUCUUUCGGCCAUUAUUCGCCCCCGUGUGUUUGACAUCUCCGCUCUUCUGGGCAUUUACGACUUAUUUUCAAUACAGCCAGUUCGGCUGUUUGCUGUUUCUUCUCCUUCAGUUCUGUUCUCUUACUGAAAGGUGAGAGUGAGAAAAACUCGAGACUCUGCUUGCUCAGACCUCACUAUCGCUUUUUAGCUUGCUGCUCCUUGUUUGUUCCUUCGUUCCCUUUUCUUUAUUCAAACUGUCCCACAAACUGUCUUACUCCACUUCCCCUCCGUCCGUCCUCCCGAUUCUUCCACCCCCCGCUGUUGUUCACAUGAAAGGCGAUCUUUCACUUCCAGCGUUUGGCCGUAUUGGCAAAACUAUUUCUGCGACACUUCAUCAUCACGACUCGAACGGCAGCAACCAUCACCACCGUUACUCCUCGUCCGCAGCCGCGAAGGUAGCUGGCACGGCUCAAACAAAUGUUGUUGCUACUCAGCGACAGCAGGCUCACGCUGUGUCAUCUGAAAACGCUGGCACUGCGGGUUCCAUGAACGGUGGUAUCACCCAGAAGCCGCCGCUAACUUUGAGCCCUUCUUCGGCAAACAUUUUUGGCAAUGCUACCGUGACUUCUAUCAUUGGAAACAACGUUUCGAGUUAUGUGCCACCAGUCAUAAAAAAACCACUGGCAUCCUCUCACGGUGGUGGUAUGUCGCUGUCUAUCGCGUUGCUGGAGCCUGUGCUUUAUCUGUCCGGCUUCGGUUUAAACGAAUGUCAAAUUGAGAAUCCCGUCAUUCUUCGCGGAGCUCUUGUUUUGCGAGUCGCUAAACCUGCCAACAUUCGCAACAUUUCCCUUUCGUUUAAUGGCCGCUCGCGUACCGAGUGGCCUGAAGGUAUUCCUCCUAAGGGUCAUGACAGCUUUGAAGAUAAAGUAAUCAUUUCUCACACUUGGAACUUUUACAAUCCUCAGAUGAAAGAUGCUGAUGCUCCUCAACACGGUGCAGAUAUUGCCCGACUUGUGGGACAGCAGUUACCUGCUCCAAGUGCUUCUGCCGCUUCCCUUCGUGGUUAUAGUGUGUUUGCUCCUGGCGAGUAUACGUACAAUUUUGACCUUGUUAUUCCCAAUUACUUUCCUGAAUCUGUUGAAGCUAAAAUGGGCUGGGUACGUUACAGUUUGGAUGCAUCUCUUGAGCGUUUUGGUGCAUUCAAAAGCAACUUAAACGGCCGUUGUGAUGUCCAACUCGUGCGUACGCCUUCUCCCGCCAGUCUUUCUGCCUCUGAACCAAUCAAUAUUUCUCGUGACUGGGAUGAUCGUUUGCAUUAUGAAGUGCAAGUUCCCGGGAAAUCGUUCCGACUCGGAGAGACUGUACCCGUGUCAUUUCGUUUUGUCUUACUAGACAAGGUGCGUCUUUACAAAAUCGCCGUGGCUAUUGUUGAAACUUGUGAGUACUGGUGUCGAAGCCGGAAAUACGUUCGAGUUGACCCGAAGCGGCGAGUACAGCUUACCGAGCGUUCGUCAAAACACACGGAUUCGGACAAUUUGUUCGAGUCUGCUGAUGAAGGUGACGGCGUGUCUAGUGCCUUUUUUAAUUUUAAGGUGAAGCUCCCGAAUUGUUUGGCCAAAGACAAGGACAAAUUAACAUUUGAUACAACAUACAAGUACAUUAAGAUCCGUCAUCGCCUGAGGGCGCUGCUAGUCCUGUCUAUUGUUGAUCCUGACAAUCCGAACAAGAGGAAAUUCUUUGAAAUCAAUAUUGAAACUCCUGUUCGCAUUCUGUCGUGCAGAUGUGUUCAAAACUCCACAUUAUUACCGGCGUAUGGCGAUUUGCGCGAAAAUAGCCAGGUUGUUCUACCAUGUCCUUGCAGAAUCAAUGCAUCUGCUUGUGACCCCUCUGAGCGCACUUCUUAUACAACUCAAUCUGUUCUUGAUUCAAGCAGCCGUGCACAACCUUCAACAGCAGGUGAACAGAGCCGCACUACUGAGCCGGCCGCUCGGCCAACAGAGUUGUUCCGGGUACCGUCAGUGAAUCCACCUCCCUUUGACAACGACGUGCCGCCUCCUCAUUGCGAUACGCCCCCUCCGGAUUACGAGGAGUUGUUCAAUGCAUUGAGUUCGAUCAGCACUUAUGGGUGUCAAACGGACCAUGCAACGGACGACACAAUUCUUAAUAAUCAUAACUACAGACAUUCUGAGGUUGCCCAACCGCGUACUCGUCGUGCUUCCUUGGUUCGUCAUUCGAGCCGUUCUAUUGCUCAAAGGUGAUCUGGUUUUCUGUUUCUUCUUCCCUCUGUUUUUAUGUUUUUUUGGCAUGUCUUGUUGGUGACCUGCUAUGUGUGUGCUCUUGAGUGCCUGGUGAUGCAUCUUUAUCCACCGCUUUGUAAUGAGUUUUUCUUACUUUUCCUAAUAGACGUUAUGACAAUGCCCCUCCCCAUUUUCCUCUUCUUCCUUUUAUGUUUGAAACCUCUUAAUGACAAAAUCACUCGGUGCCAGUACUGUACUUUGGUGCACCUUGGUAUGGUGCUAUUGCACGAUAUCACCAAGGUCUGGAACACAUGUUGUUAAGCGCACACAGUUGAUGCAAUCUUUCGUUGGGAUUGAAGGAGCGAGCUGUUAUAUGAAGAGUAAUGAUCUUUGUGUAUUGCGGAGCCGUCUUGUACUCUGCGACUUGAGUUGAUCAAGUUAAAUAAUAAGUAUAUAAUUAAAAUAUAAUUAUUGCUACGAAUCAUUAGCUGAUUCUCAUUACGCCUGGGGACUUUGUUUUAAGGGACAGUGGUGUGUCCCUGUUUAAAGUUAUAGGGUUGUUGUUAGAAUUGAGCCAUUCGUCUGCAAUUAUAGUAUUUCUAUAGAGAAGUAAUUUAAAAAUGAAACUAAG